CCCGAAAUACGUUCCGUGACCGCUACGACUUCCCAACCACCUCAUCUCUUUCCUUCAUUUUCUCUGCCACUCAUAAUUCGGACCAACUCCCGACAUCGAGGCGCAGUGUCAACUAUCUACCAGCACAGAUGCAACUCUAUCUCGAAUGGCAAAAAUAACACGAUCGUCCGGAGGCUCUCAUUCGUCGAACGACAUCGCUCGAUCUCCCUAAAAGCCCCCUUCCACUUCAGAGCAACUCCUGAUUCAUAUCAAAAGCCUACUACCGGUCUCGAUCAACCACCAAAGCCUUCUUCAUCCUUUUCAACCGAAGUUUAUCAAGAAAACAUAGGAGUCGGCUUCAUUCGGAUGUCGAGUAAGCAUCUAAGACAUUCAAUAUUGCUUGGAGUCAAGCCACAUAACGGUCUCGUCCUCGCUUCUCCUUUGGAAAACGGUUUCAUCACACAUCUAAUCCGGAUUUUGCUUGCGAGUGCGAGGUCGCGAUGCUCGAUAUGGGGUAUAUGCUAUUAUAAUGUAUGUGGGUAUUCCCGAUUUGACAAAUUUUGGGAGCAUGUUUGAGCCACAAGCUUCUGUCAGACCCUUC